UCAUCCUCUCUCUCCUCCUCUCCUCUCCUUCGACCCUCCUCCUCUCAUCCUCCUCGGUUUUUACGCGCGGUGCGUAAAACGCUUCACUUCGUGUCCGUGUCCAGAACGCACGGACGCACCGAGCAGCGACAGGACGAGCUUCACGGUGCAAUAAACCGACCUGCUGCUGUGUCUCGGUCCGACCGGAGCCGAAACUACCGGCGGGUUCCGCUGCUGCGGAGCGGCAGCAGCGAGGAUGUGAGGCGGAGAACCGAGCCGGAGGAGAGAGAGACAGCGGCGGGCAGAGGGAGGCUCGAAGGCACCAUGAUCCGGAGGAUUUAAACCCGCAGCGUCUCCUCACCAACCGGAUCGCUGUGAUUUUCUACGUCUCAUUUUUCCUCCAUGGCAGCGGGGAGCCGCCAGUCCGUCCCCGGGGUUUGUGUUCGGGCUGCUGGGGACAGAGAGCGGACAGAGCCGGGGACCCAGAGAGUCCCGGAGGCCGUGCGACUGUAAAUGUGAGUUUGUAGAAUGGCGCUGCCGGCUGGACACGUUUGAUCAAACAUGGAGGCCUUCAGCGCAGUCAACGCCACACAGGAAGUGGUUCACCUCCCGCCGCCUGACAAUGACUAUGACCCGAACGCCAGUGUCAUCCGUCCGGUUCUACCCACGCCGGUGUUCGAGGGAGUGAAUUUUCCAGAGGACCCCAUUAAGCUACUGAGUGUUCAGGUGGUGCUGAUCCUGGCCUACAGCACCAUCAUCGUGCUGGGGGUUCUGGGUAAUUCUCUGGUCAUCUACGUCAUCUACCGCUUCAGGACGCUUCGCACCGUCACCAACUUCUUCAUCGCCAACCUGGCCGUCGCCGACCUGCUGGUCAACACGCUGUGCCUCCCCUUCACGCUGGUCUACACUCUGCAGGGCGAGUGGAAGUUUGGACGGACGCUGUGCUUCCUGCUUCCGUACGCUCAGGGCCUCGCCGUGCACGUUUCCACGGUGACGCUCAACGUCAUUGCAUUGGACCGCCACAGGUGCAUCGUGUAUCACCUGGACACCCGGAUGCGUAAAGACGUUUGUUUCGGGGUGAUCGCGUGGACCUGGGUGUUGAGCGCCGUCCUCGCCAGCCCUCUGGCCAUCUUCAGAGAGUACGGUUCCUUCACAUUGGAGCCCGGAUACACCAUACAAGUGUGCACGGAGAAGUGGCCCGGUAAAAGCACCGACGGCACUGUCUACAGCAUCUCCAUGUUGAUCCUGCAGUACUUCCUGCCGCUGUCCAUCAUCUCCUUCGCCUACGCCCGGAUCUGGUCCAAACUUCGUGGCCACGUCAGCCCAGCGGAGAGCGGUGGCGGCAGCAGCAGCGCCGGCUCCGAGCGCCACCGCCGCCGGCGCAAAACCACCAAGAUGCUGGUGACCAUGGUGGUGGUGUUCGCCGUGAGCUGGCUGCCGUUCCACGCCUUCCAGCUGGCCACCGACAUCGACAGCACGGUGCUGGACAUGCGCGACUUCCGCCUGCUCUACACCAUCUUCCACGUGAUCGCCAUGUGCUCCACCUUCGCCAACCCGCUGCUGUACGGCUGGAUGAACCGCAACUACCGCGCAGCCUUCCUCGCCGUCUUCAAGUGCGGCAGUGGGGAGCGGGGGAGGGGCAGCCGGCUGGACAGCAUCCACCCGGUUGGCGGUGUUAGGGCAGGAGGAGGAGGAUGUGGUGGAGGAGGAGGAGGAGGAGGGAGGGCGAAGAAGAUCGUCUUGGAAACGCAGGAUGUGUUGUCCGCACACCUGAACGCCACCGACGUUUGAGGAAUGUGAGGCCGAUGUGACAAAGAUGGAGGAGCUGAAGCGUCUUUGUCGGGAAAUCUUUUGUCCCAAAGACGACAAAAGAGUCAGGAAGAAGAAUUUCAUCACGGUGACAGAAAAUAGGAAGUGAGAGGGAGCCGGCGUUGGAGAUGAAAGAGUUUUUUGGGAGCCAACUUGGGGAUUAGAAGAAGAAGAAGAGCUGCUGAAUGACUCAAAGUCCGACCUCAUCGAGGCGAAGGAGGACGUUUUAUCAGCAUGAAGGAUUCGAUCUGGUCGAUUCAAUUUUCCGAGACGCUUGAUGGCGAUGGAAAAAAAAAACUGGAUGAGAAACCUCCCAAUCUUGUCAAAAUAGGGCUUUUACUCUGUCUUCAUUUCAUACGUGAAGCAUUUAGCUCAUACAUUUAACCCAGAGUGGCUUAUAAAGGAUUGCUGGUUGUGUUGUCGGAGGCCGCUGUUAAAGGAAUGAAGGAGUAGCCAAAAAAUAUAUACGUACAUGGAAAUAUAUAUAUAUAAGAAAAACGGGAUUGUCGGAGGGUGCAUGAUGUAAGCUUUGUGAAAUCUCAGACGGAAUGAAAAUGUGUGUUUAACAUUGAUUAUGUUGAGAACAGAAAAAACAAGACAUUAAGACGGGGAAGUGGGUGAAAGUGAGACGAUUCAGAUUCCUUUUGUCGGUAGAUGAAGGACGGAACGGAGAGCGAAGGGAUGAAAGACGAGGGCAGGAGGAAACUGCGACGAAGGGGUCGGUGGGAGGACGGAAAAGAGGGAAAUGUGGGAUAAUGAGGCGGCAUGUGAAAGCAAAAGAACUGCAACAGAGGGAAGAUCCUCAACCAACACAUGAAUGUUGAUCAGGAUUUUUUAUUUAAUUCAUUUUGACCCCUCUUUUUUUUAACACAAAGUCUCGCCGUGACUUCAGUUCUGCUCGUCUUCGUUAUUUUAAACUCCUUGUGCUGAAGAAGUGCUUUGUUUCAUGUGUCGCCCUUUGAUUCAAGCGUCAUUACUGAAGCUAACCGGCGGUAAAAUGGCAUUAAAGCGUCAUCGGUUGCUGCAAUUCAUAAAGCUUAUUACGGGGACAGGAAAUUCCAAUCUGAUUCUGAAAGUGAAAACCUUUUAUUCACCAUUAAAUAUUUGGUGAACGAAGGGAAUCCUGAAUUCAACACCUUGUAAGACUUUUUUCAGAUCUUAAAACCACUGAAAGCUCUAAACGGUUGCACGUCUUUGUCUAAUUUUACUCCGAUUUUGAAACUGUUUGCAUCUUGUGAAGGUUUUGUGACGGAAGGCAAAGCUCUCAAUCAGUUGACAUUUCAGCCCAAACCCAUAGUCUGGAGAUCUUGGUCAUUACUAAAACAGCGAGCUUCCAAAAUGUUCAGUUCAAGGAGCUCAGACAUCCAAAAAGUCACUGCUCCUUCGCCUCGUAAAAAUCCAACUCGAGGUGGUUCGGGCAUCUGAUUUGUGUCUCCAGUGGUGUUUAGUUUAUUCAUUUAUUUUCUGAAGGGACAAUUAAACAUAAUGGCAUCAGAGCUAGCUAGCUGCUAAAUUGCAUCUGUUGUCCCUGCAAUCACACAAUAAACACACUUCAUAAAACAAUGCAGCACUAAAGAGUAAAAACAAUAAAUAAAAGAUCUGAAUUAGUGCAAACUUCUGCCAGAUCUUGAAGCUAGUUUCAAACAUUGCAAAGGGAAUGGAAUUUGAUCGAAACAUCAACUGGGUUGGAGGGUUAUAUAUCUCAUCUGACCAGAAACGCCUCAAGCACUGCUGAGUGGAGGGACGCCUGGAAAACAGAUGUUAUAAAGGAGAGAGUUAGCAUUAAAAGAAGCUAAAAUAGAAAUCUAUGGGAGAAUUCAGUGAUGGAAAAAUUGGUGAUUGUGUGUGAUAAACAUCAAGUAUAAAAAACACUUUUCAAACUUUAUUUUGAGGCAAAUGUUCAUAGCUGUUAUGACUCUUUCUGCAUUCAUUUAAACAGGAGUCUGGUCACUAAAGUAACUACCAAGUGGCGAGAUUUGCCUUCAAGGACUUUGUUUCCGUCAACUUUACAUUUAUUGUUUUGUCCAACACUUGUCCAAGAAGCAUCAGUUCCCUGUUUGAGUUUAUAAACCGUAAAAGCUCGCUAAAUGUUUCACUCAACAACACGACUGCCUUAAAGCUGCAUUCUCUCCAACAGCCAGCAGGGAGCGACUCCUCUAGGAGAAUUCUUCUUCUUUUUGUUUGAUCUGUAAGUUCAGUUUUUCUAAUAAGUUUGUGGUCUCAGUUGCUUGUUUCAAGUCUGCUUCAACGCAACUUAGUGUCAUUUUAGUAAAUUACGGCUCCAUUUAAAGAAAAAUAAAUGAUACAGUGAAACUGCGAUGUUAGCAAAUUACAAACUCCACAAAACCAAUGUCAAGGAAGCUGCUUUAUUUUAUUUUUUUAGUUUUUUGCAGGUUCUGGUCAAAAAAAUGGUUAAUUUUAAUUGAAUUUUGGUACUUUUCAUUCGAAUGGAUGCAAAGAGCGAGACUGAGUAAUGCGUUGAAUUAAAUCUGUGUGGCAUAUUUCAUAAUCCUGAAUCAAAAGAGGACAAUAAAAUAAUAUAGAGCAGUUGUGAAACAAGUGAAAUCAAAGCAGAGCAUUAUUUGGGUUUGGACUAUUGUACCCAAUAUAUGGAGGUUCCUAAAACUUAAAGAGUGAUAAUAAAACAUAAUGUCUUUAAAACUAAGCGGCACUGAGACGAUGUUUGCUGUACCUUCACCUUUUUUAGUUUUCCUGGACAAAUGUUUAAAACGGCAUCUGAUCCAUCAGUGUUCAGGUAUGUUUGUUUAUAAAAAAAAGAAAACACGCAACCAUUUUUAAAGUUUUGUUUGAAAGACAUUUGACAUCCAAAAGUGUCAAAGACUUCCCUGGAAAGAGUUUCUAAGGGGGUGGACUGGCAGAUGGUUUGAGAUUAUUCAAAUUCAGGUAAAUAAAUUAGUUUUGCUCUUUUGUUUGGCAGUGGCAUAAUUAUAGUUAUGACUGAACUAAUACAACAGUGACGAGGAAAUGGGAAGCAUCAGGGUGGACAGUUGGGGUCUGUGGUUAAUGCUGCCAAAUGAAUUCAGGAUUUUAAGCUUAUAUUUGGUUGAGUUGGUUGAAUUCUUUCUGUUUUUGCAGCUUCUGGCUGUAAUUUUAGCAGGUCUUUGUAGGUGUUGAGGUGGCGUUUUGGCUUCGGAUGGCUAAUCAGUUGAAAUAAACCAGAAUUAUCCUAUUAGAAAGUGUUCACAGACUUGGUUGCUGGACUUGAAAUGGACAUUUUAAAAGAAAAGGUGCUGCAGAAGGAGCCGCUUACGUUUUCACAACAGUUUCGUGGUGUUGCGCUGGCUUCUCUCUAACUCCACACCGACUGAUUGACUUUUUGAGGCGUCUUUUGGAGCUCUGGUCAUCACACUGAUGUAGCCGUGACAACGUGAGUCUGCAGCCCGAAGGCAUAAAACACAUUUGAGGAGUUAAAUGGGCGGCAAUGAUUGAGUGCUUUUAUGCAAAUGCCAGCGAGCUCCGAGCGGGUUGCUGCCAACGCUUCAUCCCACUCUGCAGAUCCAGUGAGCUGCCAAUAAAAUGAAAAAAAGCCUGUUUACUGCUUGUAAAGUCCAGUGUUGGUGCAGUUUUGGCGAUAGAGAUCAGCGCAGAACACAUAGCUGUCGGCGUUAGAUUGGCUGUGGAUAUUUCACAAUCUGGCAAGCCAAAAGCUGCUCAUUAAUGGCUUAUCUGUUCUAACUAGUGCCUUAAGGGCUUCUCCUCUGCUUUUUUCUUGAGUUUCUGAAUUUCAAUUGGGCUCCAAGUUCAGAUAUUUCCAUGCAACUGGUUCCAAUCUGGGUUCCUUUUGUAUUAAUUCAUAGUGAAUCAUCAAAUUCUCCAAAAUGAACCACUGAAACAACCCAGAAUGUCAUUAUGAAGGAAUCUGAAAUGAGUCUUUAUUGAAAUAUCACAUCCAUUGCCAUUGAAUAAAUUUCUAACCUUUAUCAAAUCCAAUGUUCUUCUCACACGAGGACCUUUUUUGAAAGCUCGGAUGUUGCAAGAGUUUGUGAUGACUUUUCAUGUGUUCCAACUGGUAGCACGUCCUGAUCUUUUCACUCUGCCUCUAUAUUUCCUACAUUACCUGCUCGAUAUCAUGCUAAACGGUUAGCCUUGGUGGCUUCUAGACUGAAGGAAGCGUUUGAGGAUUCAUGUAGCUCAUUAUUUAGUCAGAAGUAAGUCAAAACAUGUUUUAUAUUUUAGAUUCUUUGCUUUGAUUCCUGCUUUGCACACUCUUGGCAUUCUCUGGAUGAGCUUCAUGAGGUAGUCACCUGAAAUUGUUUUCCAACAGUCUUGAAGGAGUUCCAGAGAUGCUGAGCACUUGUUGGCCCAAACAAAUCUCCUCUGCUUGUUGCUUUUUUCUUAGUAGUGGUUUCGUAGCAGCUACUUGACCAUAAAGACCGGAUUGGCCUGAUGGUCCCAACCCCAUCAAGAAGACAAGAAAUGCCACAAAUUAGCGCUGACAAGGCACACCUGUGAAGUGAAAACCAUUUCAGGAGACUACCUCAUGAAGCUCACUGAGAGAAUGCCAAGAGUGUUCAAAGCUGUCAUCAAAGCAAAGGGUAGCUAUUUUGAAGAAUCUAAAAUAUAAACAUGUUCAGAGUAAUUUCACAAUUGUUUGUUUGCUACAUAAUUCCAUAUAUCUUGCUUCAUAGCUUUGAUGUAUUCAAUGAGAAUCUACAAUGUAAAAAGUAGUAAAAAUGAAGACAAAGCAUUGAAUGAGAAGGUCUGUCCAAACUUUUGACAGCCACUAGUUGGUUUCAUAAGUGCUACACCAACAGCUCCACUUUCCAUUGCGAGACUAUUGGGUUUUCCAUUUUUUACAAAAAAAACAUUCUUAACUUCUGCCCAGCAAAUUAAUUCUUCAGUCGCCAAAAGUUGUUUCAUUAUGAGUUUCGACUUUAUUUGCCUAAUUGUAAUUACAACUCUCAGUUCCCCCCCAGGCAGGAGCUGCAUAAUAGUAAUAUUAAUCUGUUCCUUCACACAAUGUCCUGAAUGAACAACAGAGAUAUGAGCAAGAAAAAAUGAAUAAAACUAUGUUGUAAGAGGGGAUCAGGCACCCUGCAGAUAAAAUCCUUCUUUUUCAGGGCUUAGAUUCAGUGUCCCUCAUGUCUUUCAUUCUUCAAAUCCCUCAAUAAGUGGAUUCUCGCUCUGUUUGAGCUGCAUCAAUCACCGUCUCUUUCAAUCCCACAAUCCCUCUGUUCCCACCCACUGGACCCGUUUAGCCUCGUUUCAGCUCCUCGUCUGCCUCCUCUGUCCUCGUUGUCUACGAAUGCAUGCCUACAAAAAAUAAAUAUAUGAGGUUUUUUUUAAAAAAGCAAGAAAUGGAUGACGAGAAGAAAAAACUCACGAGAAACGCCUGCUUUAUUUUGCUCUGAAUAAGUGCUGAGUCACAAAAUAGCACCGACACAAACUAUGCCUCUGAAACCACGUUUUCACAGAUCUGUUGAGGGAUUUCAUUUCAAAAGAGCCGAGAUAUUUUUGUAAGAAAAAAAAGGAACAUAAAAUUCCACCACAGUGUGCUUUAGUUCAGUGACAGGAGUUAAAAUCAGUUCACUUGAUUUCAUUUCGAUGUUUUUGUAGCCGAGUUUUGAACAGCGUUACAUUCAGAUGGAGGUUCAGGAAGACGCUUGUUCUGGAUCCCCAAAGCAAAGUUGAACUAUGUCAUCGUCCAGCCUUAAGAGUAAAUUUGGGAAUAGAAAACAACAUAUAUUUUGAAGACCACAGUUCUGGACUACUUUGAGGCUUGGAUGGACAUGAAAUAGUCCUGGUUGAUUCAUGAGUACAAAGGGCACGGAUAUUUAAGAAAUAAUGAAGCCAGCUACAACUUCCUAAGUUCAUGUCAAGUCAGAAGUUUUAACACAAGACUCACUACUUUCACUAGUUUUCAACUCACAAGCAGCGUCUGCAUCAACACUGCAUGAUCACCUAAGAGUUUAAGAUCCACAAAUAGAGACCUCACGUCAGCCAAAGUCCUUCGUUGAAUAAAAAUGACAAAUAAAUUGAAUGUAUAAUGCUUUGAGGUGGAAGAAAGAGAAGGAGUUUUCUAUUAUUCUGAGUUAUGAGGAAGAAAUGCGUCGUUUCUUUAUGUAGUGAUGAUUCAACCAGGAGAGUUUCGUCCUGAUUCAAGCUGUAAAAGUGAUCCAACUCCUUGGGAUUUUCAACCAACAGUGAACUGGUUCAAAUGCGCUUUUCAACCUAAAAUACGUUAGUCUGGAUUUGGUUUGCUGAAAACAUUAGAUCACUGUGAGAACCAGGCUGAAGAGGAAUGACACUCAUUAAAACAAAAAAAACCAAACUGAUGAAGAAGUGCAUUGUCUGAUCUGCAACUUUUUGAGUCAAUAUGGAAAAUAUGACUUUCAGCAGAAGCUCAAGUAGCUUCACUUUAAAAGGCACACUGUAGAACUUGUUGAAGAGUUGAUAUAAAAAAUAGUUCUGUGGGCCACAAGUGUAACUGUAACUGAGCCGGUUCUUUGUUGGUCAAAAAAAUCUCACAAAACAGUGGCAUCAUAAAAAUUAACAGGGCUUUUACUCACAGAAUAACCAUAAACAAAGGAACAAGCUGAUUUAUUUGCUAGCAUGAUUGCUAACCUGCUAGUUAGCUAUAGGGUCAGGGUUUAAACUAGCACUCGGGGACCAAACAAGGUGAUGUCAAACUAUUUAUGAACUGCCGCUUUAAAUGCUCCAGGUGUCUGUUUUAAUGAUUUAAAUCCAUCUUUUUCUCUGAUGUUCUUUUGGAAAAAGAAUUAUCUCCUCGCAGAUCAUGUUGUGACGUAUUCUGACGAGGGUUGUGAUAGGAGGCCACAGAUGCUGCUCGACCUUUCUCAAAGAUGAAUGUAAACCGCUUUGUAACGUGGCUGUGAUGUUGUAUAUUGUAUAAUUGUGUGUAGAUAUAACUGUAACCAAGCACAAACUGUUGGGCUUUACCUGUGUCCAACUACAGAUGUACUAUUCUCAAGCACAAACGAGCCUCUGGCCUCUUUCUUACUGCAUGAAUGUUCAUGGAUGUGUGUACAGUACAGACUGCAUAACCGAAAACUGAAACCUGUGAUUAUAAAGUAGAUGUUUUUUUAGUUAUACAGCAACCAGCAACAAAACAGACUGUUGUAUAAGAUAAGAAGAAUUUAAAAAUCCGAGAAACUACUCAAUAUGAUCUAUAUUAGACAUGUACACUACAGUUCAAAAGUUUGGGGUCACUUAGAAAUGUCCUUAUUUUUGAAAGAAAAGCAUUUUUUUUCAAUGAAGAUACCAUUAAAUGAAUGAUAAAUCCAGUGUAGACAUUGUUAAUGUGGUAAAUGACUAUUUUAGCUGGAAACAGCUGAUUUUUAAUGGAAUAUCUCCAUAGAGGUACAGAGGAACAUUUCCAGCAACCAUCACUCCUGUGUUCUAAUGCUACAUUGUGUUAGCUAAUGGUGAUGAAAGGCUCAUUGAUGAUUAGAAAACCCUUAUGCAGUUAUGUUAGCACAUGGAUAAAAGUGUGAGUUUUCAUGGAAAACAUGAAAUUGUCUGGGUGACCCUAAACUUUUGAACAAUAGUGUACAUUCAGGAAGACAAACGGCAACAGAAAUGCAAACAAAUGUCAAUAAAUCCAUUAAAUUGAAAAAUAAACUUAAAUUGAUAAAAAUAAGAAUUAGAAUUAACAUUUUUAUUAACUGAAUUAAAUAGAAAAUGAAUAAAACAGUUUCUGUCUCAUCACCAAAUGUAAGAUCAGAGAAGAAACUCUUACAACUCUUAAACUUAUGAAGAAAUAUUUAAACAUAAUGUUAAAUGUUAACCCAGGUCACAUUGUUAAGGUGUUUGAAUGUUCAAGAAAUAAAUAAGUUCAAGGACCUUUCCGACUUUGUAUGCAUCUUGCACACAGACUGAGCUCUCAAGUUUGGUUUGUCUUCCAACUGAAGCACAAGAUAAAUACAGAUUUAACAGCUUAUUUAUCUCUAAGUCCCCAAGACGCCAGACUUAACGUACGUUUUGUUUCAUUACCAUCUUAUCAUUUGAAUAUCUCGAAAACAAAACAUUUAUCCUGUUUAGUAGUUUCAACACAGAUGUUCUACUGUCUCUCUUUGUUCAGUUAAACAUGCCCCCGUGGUUUUAAUUGACUCAUUUUUACAAUUACUUUGCAUAAUUUUGACACCAAACAACAUCAGUGAUACAUCAAAACUACAGUUCUCUUGAAUUUGAUGUCGCCUUGUUGUGUUUUUGUAGAUAAAUGUAUUCAAAAUGUGUUCAGUGAUGCAUUAAACUCUCAUUUAUCAUCAACACAAGGUCAUAAUUUAAAGUUUUGGGUGCAUCCUAUUCUGUCUUUGGCAUCACUGAGCAGUUAAAAAUCAUAAUUUAACAUAAGCCAAUGCCAUGUGACUCAACACAAAUCUAGUUUUCUAAGACUAGAAUGAACCAAAGCCCAGAGUCAUGCUAUUUAGUUUGAAUCAUAACAUUAAAAUUUCAAUUCCCGUAUGUGAGAAUACAAUCAGCAGUAAAAAUAUAACCAUACAAUUUUUAGAAUUUUCUGUUUGAGGACACAUUUUUUCAAAUUAAAAUUAAAAUAUACCCCAGCCACACAGAUUUUCAGAAAUCACAAAUAUAUCGUUUUCUGCGUUUGUGCAUUUUUAGUGCAAUAGAUAUGGUAGAAAUUGUCUUUAUUAGAUAAUAUGGAAAAACACAUUUAGACUUAACGUACAGAUCAUAGUCGAAUUCCAUAACAAACUAGUUUGUCAUCAAAAACAUUGGCUUCUGUUAUGUGAUUACGCUUAAAAAAACAAACACCAGAAAAAUGCACAGACAGAUGACAUAUAAAUGAGACAAAAAGACAAAAGUGCAUUUUCUAUUAUUUUUUUUACCUCUGAAAGCCACAAAUGAGAAUUACAAAACAACAGUGGAGGUGUAUUCUGGAGUCAGUUUCUGCAAAGAUAUUCACGUUUGUAGCAUCUUAUUUCUUUACUUUUUUUCCAUCAGUCAGUUUGUCCUCUUGGUCAGCAGUAACAGCAGCUAAAUAUCUAGCUUCUACUGCUGAGAAAAAGAUCACAUUAGCAUGGAUUAGCAACCCUGUUACUGUGAUUAGAGUAGGGUUAGCAAACAACACAGAAAACAUGGAAUAAAAAUGGUACCACUGAUGUGGAAGCUGA